GUGGGCCGCUAGCUUCUCCGUGGGCGCUUGGGCGGAGAUCUAGAUAGCGCUGCACGCCGCUGCUUCUCCUUCCCCGCGAGUGUCCGCUCCGUACGCCGGCGACUACGAUCCUGUUUCUGGUGAAAGGGAGUGUUGCAUUCCCCAUCAGCACUGUUACUGACGGCCGCCGCGUGGUGUUCCCGACGUGUGCUACCAUCUCCAAUACACCCAAUCCUCAAUGUGUCGACGAUCCACGCAGAUCGAUGGACUACACACUUCUACCAGAUUUAACAACGUAUAAAAAACAUGCGAUAAUCCAGGUCCAUGUCUCAAGAAAAUGGUCUUUCCAUGGUGCCACUGAAAAUGGUCCCUUGCAGCACAUCGACAUGGUCCUAUCAGAUUGCAAGGGUAAUAGUAUGUAUGCUGAAAUACCAGCAAAUCUUGCCGAAGAAAAGGGAGCACUCAUCGAAACAAAUCAGAUCUACGACAUCAGUCGUUUUAGAGUUACUGCAGCAAAAACAGCCUACAAACCCAUUGAUGGUGACAAGAUGAUACAAUUUACGAUUUACACAAUUAUCAAGCCUGCAAGUAACCCACCACCUACAUUUUCUUUAUAUAUCUAUCAAUUAACUCCAUUUGAUGAGAUUGAAUCUCAAAUUCAGCACAAGACCAAAUUUCUAGAUGUUCUUGGAACUAUAACCGAGGUAACUGCUUUGAAGACAGUACACAUAGAAGGACAGCUCAGCCCCACUAUUAUUAGAGACAUAAUGAUAGAAGAUCUAAGCCGCAAAACUCUCAAAAUCACUCUUUGGGCAAAACGAGCAACAUCAUUUACAAUACAAAAUGUGUAUGACCCAGUUAGCAAAAAGCCAAUUCUUGCUCUUUUUGUUGGUUGCCUACCUAAAUUCUACAAAGGUGUUUACUUAAGUGGUGGUGCGGCUUGCCAUUGGUAUUUCAAUCCCGCAAUACCUGAAGCUGAAGCGUACCAAAAUAGCUCCACCUUCCUACACAACCGGAACAUGCACUACAAACCUUCCAACCUCCAAGACACGGGAUAUGAAUGCACAGUGACAGUCACCGAAAUAGAUACAUCAAACACAUGGUGGUAUCCAUCAUGCACAAAAUGCGGCCGAAAAACAACUCCACAUAAUACAACAUAUUAUUGUGAUUUGUGUAAGUGGGAUGGCUACAAAUUCAAAUACAAGCUCAAAUUUCGAGCAUCAGAUGCAACAGCCAUAGCACAAAUGUUUUGCUUUGAUAACAUAGCACGAUAUAUUGUUGGCAAAUCUUGCAAAGUUAUCUUACGAUCUACAAAUGCAGCGACACCAAUUCCUCCAGAUUUAGCUCAGAUUGUUUCACUGAAAUUCACCUUUAGAGUAAUACCAGAUGACAGUUCUUUCGAUAACCAAGACCAGGUCCCCAUUGCCCUUCGCAUCAUCUCUAUAACUGCAGCGCAUGGUAGACAACAUGCACUACCAUUGAAGCCAACCAAUAUCAUAGAAGGUACAUCAACACCACAGAACAAGUUACAACUGCAGUUAAUCGAGAACUCACCAUCAAAUCCUUUUCAAAAUUUAUCCACAAGUACUCCACCACCCAAACAGGCUACAAGGAAGCUAAUAUAUCCACCGCUCAGUAACCCCCUCACAUAUCAACAUACUCCCAAGUCUGAUGGCGAAGAAGAAAUUACAGAGCAAACAAUGGACACCAGUCAAAUCAAAGGAAAAAAAGUAUGCACUCAUUCGAAUCUCCUCCAAAAAGGUUCAAGAAAGGAAGCUUACAUAUCCAAAGCAAUGAUGACGAUGUCCAGGAGAACUAAACACAGAUGUUUAGAGCACCAAAUUUUCUUGCUUUUGACACGAUGUCUUCUACAAACUUUGGUGUAAUCCGAUCUAAAACGUAUUUGCCUGCCAAAGUCCCUACGAACUUUCUUUUGAUGUAAACAAUAUAUCCAUGCCGAAACAAAUACUACAACUAGAAAGGCAUGUAGCUAUAGUUCUGACAUGUCAUCUUUUGCGGUCUUUAGGACCAAUAUUCUGGUGCCUCAACAAAUAUGUACAUAUAACUAGGAAUUUGCUAUCAACUAUGGUUAGCUUACAACCCACUGUAAUAUAACACAUCCAAUCUGGACGUGAUCCUAUAUUUGCAUAUCCCAACUUUUCAGUGGUACAAACAUAUUCGUGCUUGCAUAUUUUUUCAUUCAUAUUACAUACCGUCUUCUACGCAUAUAUUACUAAGAUACAAAUUGCUUAUAUACACCCACAACAUCAAUUUACUUAAUGUCUAUAUACAUCAAAUCAGCUAUUCAAUUAUGUUAUAAAAAACUCGUGCAAGGCGCGAGCAAGUUUCUAGUAAGGGGUAAGAAAGGGGAUUGACCUCCGGUCGCGUCGCGCCCUCUCGCAAGCUCAGAGUCCUCAUCCCGAAGGCGAUCCACGUCGCCACGAGCCCCGUCGCACUCCACGCACAAGGAUGACGGCUCGCCUCGAAGCGGAUUUUUUUUGUAUAAAUUUUGUUUCGGCCAUCAUGAGAGGUUGAAUAUUUCGUUAUAUAUAUUUAUCAUGGCAAGAUCUGUCGUGACGACGGUAAUAAUUUGCUCCCCCGAUUGUGGGUUGGAGCGAAAACUCCUUCCUUGAAACAAGUACAUGUGUACUUAUAAUUAAUUAAUUAUAUGAUCUUUAUUUGAUUUAGGUAUCCAUGAACAGAACAACAUGAUGGAUGAUAGAGCUACGAAGACGAUCUGGUUGGAUGAAGAAGACACGCGAAUACGUGUUGGCCAAGAACAUGGCUUCGUCAGUUGAAGAUAAUACAUUGACAGAAACAUGGAAAACAAAGAUGCUUGUAACUGACUCGAUCGAGGAACGAGGAUGCAGGGUUAUACUGAAGCUUAACUACUAAUCAUAGUCUCUUUAUUUAGCAUUCAACACGUAAUAAUGCAGCAUUUAUGUUAACUCGUUCGAUCCAUUGGAUAGCAUUCGCUAGGUGUAACAAAAAAAAUUGACUUUAGAUUGUAAAACAAUGCUGAAACAAGUUUUUUUUAAAAUUAAAAAAAGAAGACGACGAGAGUAGAAGCGAUAUAAUAAUCUAUCGAUUGCGUUUGAGAGAAUCUGCUGCUGCUACUUCUUGUCAAUCGAACAUCGAUCCUCCGGUACUGGUGACGGUGGACUCAGCGUCCGAUAUAUCUCCGCGUUCGGGCCUCGC